CUCAUCUGUGCCGCCCGCCGACCGAAGAAGGCAAGACAAAUGACUCGGGAGCCAGCUUCAGCAACGGCAGGUGACCGGGCGGACGUGCAGUCGCCCAACGGCAAUGGCGAAGGGGAACCCGGGACUGGAUCGCACCAGGGACCAGGCUGGUCCGACGGCUUCUCGUUGGGUUCCGAGGUGAUCCGCUUCGCACCACUCUCGAUUCCUCGUCAUCGCAGACUGCAGACGUUUGCCGUGCUCUUCUGGGCGCUCCUGUUGCCCAUUGCCAUCUCGGCCUUUCUUCUCGCCCUCUCCAUCCCGCCGCUCUGGCCGCUCAUCUUCAUCUACCUCGUCUGGAUCUACUUUGACGAUGCACCCCAGUCGGGAGGCAGGCGCCUCGAGUGGGCCCGUCGCCUGAGCAUCUGGCGUUACUUUGCAGAGUACUACCCCGUAUCUCUAAUCAAGAGUGCCGAUCUGCCACCGGACAAGCCCUAUGUGUUUGGCUAUCACCCUCACGGCAUCAUUGGCAUGGGCGCCAUUGCCAACUUUGCCACAUCUGCCACCGAAUUCCCCACGUCGUUUCCCGGCAUCACGCCUCACCUGCUCACGCUUAACUCCAACUUCAACAUCCCCAUCUACCGCGACAUUCUCAUGGCCAUGGGCCUCUGCAGCGUCAGCAAGCGCAGCUGCGAGCGCAUCCUGCGCAAGGGAAAGGGCCGCGCAAUCACAAUCGUCGUCGGCGGCGCCAGCGAGAGCCUGAGCGCGCACCCGGGCACGGCUGACUUGACGCUGCGCCGCCGCCUGGGCUUCAUCAAGAUUGCCAUUCGCAAUGGCGCCGCUCUGGUGCCGGUCUUUUCGUUUGGAGAAAACGACAUUUACUCGCAGCUCGUCAACGAUGAGGGAACCAAAGUACACCGCUUCCAAAAGUGGUUCCAGAGCAUCUUUGGCUUCACCCUGCCCCUGUUUCAUGGCAGAGGAAUAUGGAUCUCGGUUGGUCUGAUGCCGUACAGACACCCCAUCGUCUCGGUCGUCGGCCGGCCGAUCCAGGUCAAGCAGAAUGCCAACCCGUCCAAGGCCGAGCUGGAGGAGGUGCAGUCGCGGUACAUUGCCGAGCUCGAGCGCAUCUGGGAGCAGUGGAAGGACGCCUAUGCGGCCAACCGAUCCAAGGAGCUCACCAUUGUCGACUAAGCUUUCGCCCUAUACACCUUCUGGAUAGCUUCCUUUUCCCUCCUUCGUAUUAUCACAUCGCUUGGUUGCAACGUUCUUUUCUCAUGCACGGCUACAGCCGCACAUUCGUUCGUGUAUGGACGCGCGGCCUAUUGCCAGUGCCAUCGGGAGACAGUGGAAGAGACCUAUGGCAAUGGAGAUGCAGAUGGAUGGCUGAUGUACAC